ACAUGGGGACCUGCCCUGGGAUGUCCACAGGGACAUGGGGACAUGCCCCGGGACGUCCCAAGUUUCACAGGGAUGUGAGGACGUGGGGACGGUCGCCGGGAUGUCCCCAGUGUCACAGGGACAUGGUGACCUGCCCUGGGACGUGGGGUGGCUGCUCGCGAUGGGGACGGCAGCCCCAUGGAGCUCAGAGCUGGCUGCCACCCUGGCUGGUGGGAUUGAGCUCCCAGUGAACCCAAGGGUGCUCCCAGUGCCAUUGCUGGGAGUGGGGCAGAGCAGAGGAAAAAAAGGCAACAGCAGGGAGAGGGAAGCGGGUUUCGGGUCCCCUCCCUGUCCCCGUCCUGGGGACGGCUGCCAGCUUUCCAGCUGUCACAGCCAGUGGAACCAGCAUGUUGAUGCUCCUCAAUUAUUCAGCACCAGCCUGGCAUGGGGCCGCAGGCUCUUGCCGUCCUCCACUCUGGGCAGAGGGUGACUGGGCUGUCCCCAGUGCCCAUGGCAGCACCAGUCGGACAUGUGCACUUGGGGACGCAUGGCUGGGGACACGUGGACACAAGUUGAAGCCCCGUCACGUGCGUUCUGUGGGCCUGCCCUGCUCAGUGUUGCUCUGUGCCUCAGUUUCCCCACACUGCCCCGGACGCUUCUGUGAGUGGGGAGGGGUGAGAGGCUCCUGCUGUCCUGCUGCCCCUGGAGCUUUUCCAGGACAGCUGCCUGGGGACCCUUUGCAUUUCGGGGCUCCCUCCCUGAGGGGAGUUUGCCGAGCCCCUGAGAUGCAGGCAGGGGGUCCUAGCCCUUCCUUGGCCCUAGGGCUGUGGUGAGAGGUAAGGCUGUGCCCCCCAGGGCAGGGCAGGGGUUCCCACAUCCCCAUCCUCAGGGAGCAGGAGCUGGGUGGCAUGAAGAUUCUCGUCCCCUUGGUUUGGGGGUGCAUGGCUGCCUCACCUUGAGCAUGGGGUGGGAAAGCUGCCCCCCAACCCCUCCCAUUUUAACUGGGACCAGCCUGGGUGCUGGUCCCUGACUGGGACCUUGGUACCUGCUCGGUGGCAGGGAUGCGGGGAUGCCUGGAGCUUUGGAUGCUGAGGAGGGAGGGAAGGAGGGAAAGAAGGAGGAACUGAGGGAUGGAGGGAGGCGGAUCCUGGCUCCCACUGCGGCAGGACCCGGCCCCCAUCCGGGCAGCGAUGCUGGACCGAGCUGGGGUCUGGGGUCCACGGCUUGGAGCCCCAGCCUGCCCUCGCCCAGGCGGGGGGCGAGGGAUGCAUGGCUGCCCGCCACCUCCUCCUCAACACCAUGAAGCAGAUCUGCCUCUGUGCCGCUGCCUCCUUCGCGGUACGUCCCUGUCCUCCAUCUCCGCUCCCCUUUGGUCACGUCCUCCGGGGUAAGCCGUGUCACCCCCACCCCACCCGGACCCCCUCCAUCCCCAUCCCUGUCCCGGUGCUCGGCAGCGUCCUCUCCAACCUGCUUUGUCCUUGCAUGACAAGGGGGUGUGGGGGGGGGGGAGCUGGCACCCACCCUCCCAGUUUGCCCAGUAACCCUGGGAGGCUGGUUUAUUCCCCGCCCCUGGAUGGGGCCCCCUGGCCCCGCAGGGCUGGAGGGGCUUGCAGGGGCACCCGGUGGGAACAGCGGCACAGGUCCCGUGCCUGGUACUGGGCACCAGGCUGGCGAGGGGCAGGAUGCAAGCAGCUCCCGAAAGGUGACAUCCAUUUCCUGCCGCCGCGGCCGCAGCGAGCUCGGAGCCAGGACUGGACCAAAAAUGAUGAGAAGCUCCUGCAAGCUGUGGACUACAACGAUGCUGGGAAGGUGACAUCUCUCCUCACCCGCAAGAGCCUGGUCCCCACCAAGCUGGACUCGGAGGGCAAAUCCGCGUUCCACCUGGCUGCCAUGCGGGGGAACGUGGACUGCCUGGAAGCCAUGCUGGCUCACGGCGUGGAUGCCAUGACCAAGGACAGCUCGGGUUACACUGCCCUGCAUCUGGCAUCCAAGCAUGGCCACCCACAAUGUGUCAGCAAGCUGUUGCAGGCCUCCUGCCCCGUGGACGUGGCUGACGGCAGCGGCCGAACAGCGCUGCACCACGCAGCGGUCAGCGGCUGCAUCUCGUGCUCGGAGAUCCUCUGUGAUUUCAAGGCUCCUUUGAACAUCAAGGACAAGGAUGGCUCCACGCCGCUGAUCCUUGCUGCCAAGAUGAGCCACUCAGAGCUGUGCCGGUACCUGCUGCACCGCGGUGCGGCUGUCAACAGCCGGGACCUGCAGGGGAGGACAGCCUUGAUGCUGGCCUGCGAGAACGGCAGCGUGGAGACGGUGGAAGUGCUCGUCAACGCCGGUGCCCGGGUGGCCGUGGUGGACUCCACAGGUCACGACGCCGUGCACUACAGCCUGGCCACGGGCAACGCUCUCAUCCAGCACUUCCUCCAAGAGGCUGCUCAGCGCCGGUCCUGGGCCAGCGAAGAGGAGUCAACUGAGCUGACAUCCCAGACGUCUUCACCCAGCCAGUCAUCCCUCAGGGAGAAGAGCGGCACCCCGAGGAAGAGGAAAGCCCCUCUGCCUCCCUUGGGCACCCUCAGCCAGGAGGACCGGGACGCCUACGAGGAGAUCGUGCGGCUGCGGCAGGAGCGGGCCCAGUUCUUGCAUAAGAUCCGAGGCUUGGAGCAGCAGGAGAAGCAGAGACGGGAGAGGGCAGAGCUGGACGAGGGCUCCCUGCGCUCCAUGGAGAAGCAGAUCCAGGAGCUGGAGAAGCGGCUGGCGGCACGGAGUGGUGAGAAGGAGCAGCUGGGCAAGGAGGUGGAGGCUCUGCGGAGCCGCUUGUCCUCGCUGGAGAACGAGAGGGAGAACACGAGCUAUGACAUCGACACACUGCAGGACGAGGAGGGAGACCCGCUUGAUUUCCCAGGGGCAGAGCUGCUGCUCUCCAAGAAGACGCUGAGCCCCUCAGCCGAGGAGCUGCUGGCCACGCUGCAGGGGCAGGUGCAGUCCCUCACCGUGCAGAACAAGGAGCUGAGGGAGAAAAUACAGGUGCUGGAGAACUACGAGCGGGACGAGAGCAGUCCGUCCACCCCGGGGGACUUCGUGCCCGCCAGCCGAUACAACGCUCUCCAACGCGAGCUGGAGCGGCUGCGGGCGCAGCGCUUGGAGCUGCCGCGGGGCACGGGCGCGAGGGACGAGGCCGGCGGGCAAGCGGCGCGGCAGAGCGGUGUCUCGGAGCAAGCCCCGGAGCUGGCGGAGGCCCGGGCAGCCCUGCGGCAGGCGCAGGCGGCGCUGGAGGAGCGGAACCGGCGGGUGAAGGAGCUGCAGACCCGGUUGGAGCGCGGCGCGGCGACCGGCUCCCUGGGGGCCUCCCUGGAGGAGGCGUCGAGGGAGAAGGAGGUUUUGCUGGAGCGCUGCGGCCGGGCGGAGGCGGAGGCGGAGGCCCUGCGGCGGGAGCUGGAGGCCAAGGCACGGGACUGGCGAGCGGCGGGCGGCCCCGAACCGGAGCCGGGGGUGCUGGAGCGACGGGUGGCAGAGCUGGUACGGCAGCACGAGGAGGUGACGGCCCAGCUGGGGCAGCUGCGGGAGACGCUGGGUCGCAGGGAGGCCGAGCUGGGCACCCUGCGGGAGCAACUGGCCGCCCGGCCGGUGGGCCGGCGGGAGCACGAGGAGGCCCUGGCGCGGCUGCGGCAGGCGCAGGCGGAGGCGGAGGGCCGGGUGCCGCGGGAGGAGCACGCCCGGGCUACGGCGGCGCUGGAGGAGCAGGCGCAGGCGCUGCGGGAGCGGGCGGCUCGGCUGGAGGCGGCGGCGGAGGCCAAGGGGCGCGAGGCCGCCCGGCUGGAGGCCGAGCUGGCGGCGGCCGUGCCGCGGGGAGAGCACGAGGCGGCGCAGGCGGGGCUGCGGGCCGAGGCGGCGGCGCUGGCCCAGCGGCUGGGCGAGCUUUCGCGGCAGCACGAGAAGACGUGCGAGGAGGUGUUCCGGGUACAGCGGCAGGCCCUCUUCAUGAAGAGCGAGCGGCAGGCGGCGGAGGAGAGGCUGGCCGCCGCGCAGAAGCAGCUGGCGGAGGCGCAGGACGAGGCGCGGCGGCUGCGGGAGCUCCACGGACGCGCCGAGGAGUCGGCCCGGCUGGUCAGGGAGAGGGACAGGAAGAUCACCGAGCUCUCUAAGGAGGUCUUCAGGCUGAAGGAAGCCCUGAACGCCCUCCCCGAGUCCCGGGGACCAUCCAAGUCAGCCCCCAACACUGCCACGCUCCAGGCCAGGAUCCGGGCGCUGGAGGAGAAGCUGGCGGAGGCAGAAAUGCGGCACAGCAAGGUGGUGACGCUGUACCGGAACCACCUGCUCUACGCAGUGCAGGGCCACAUGGACGAGGACGUGCAGAAACUCCUGUGCCAGAUCCUGAGGAUGCAGCGGCUGCAGGAGCAGGGCAGAUGAGCCCCUGCCAGCACGGCAGUGCCGCAGGGGGUCGGUGGCACAGCCGGUGACACGGCUGGGGGGCCAGGCCCGUGAUAGCACCCUCUGUGCCCCUUUGCUUCUCCCUGUCACUGCCACACGCACCCCCACACCCCCCCCCAGCCCUCCUGCUGCCCCCCACACCUCAGCACAGCAGCAAUAAAGUAUUUAUACUCACGCCAA